AUGAAAAAUAUUCAGCUUCAAAGGAAGGUUACUGAUUUGGAGCUCAGGGUUGAGGACAAUGAGCAAUAUAUGCGCAGCAACACACUCGAGAUUCAGGGGAUUCCUGAAAGCAAAAACGAAUAUGUGUACGAAGUUGUAAAGAAGGUUGGCGUUGCUCUUGAUAUAAACAUUUCCAGAGAAGAUAUCGAUGUCUGCCACCGUCUAAAAAAAAGAAAUGAUGCUGACCGUCCUGCUGGAAUUAUAGCUAAGUUCGUCAGACGAGAAGACAACCUAAAAUUCCUAGAAAAACGGAGAGUCAAAAGGAACCUAAACUCGCAUGACGUUGGUUACACUUCGUCCACUGCUAAUCCUGUCUACGUUAACGAGAGUCUCAGUCCUACCAAGAGGAAACUACUGGCUGCUGCACAAUCGGUGAAACAGGAAAAGAAUUAUGCAUAUUUAUGGGUAAGAAAUGGCAAAAUAUUUCUGAGGAAGGCUCAGGGUGAUUCCUUUAUUAUUGUUAGUUCAAUGGAGCAAAUUGAAAAACUGUAG